UUCAGUUCCGGUCAGGGCCGGUCUGCGACGAUUGUGAAGCUACCGGGGCCGGGGCUGCGCCGCCCGGGGGUGGCUCCCUUCCCCGCAGCAUGGCUCGAAAUGCAGAAAAGGCCAUGACGGCCUUAGCAAGAUUUCGCCAAGCUCAGCUGGAAGAGGGAAAAGUGAAGGAACGAAGACCCUUUCUUGCCUCAGAAUGUACCGAGCUGCCCAAAGCUGAAAAGUGGAGACGGCAGAUUAUUGGAGAGAUCUCUAAAAAAGUGGCUCAGAUUCAGAAUGCUGGGUUAGGUGAAUUCCGAAUCCGUGACCUGAAUGAUGAAAUUAACAAACUGCUGAGAGAAAAAGGACACUGGGAAGUCCGGAUAAAGGAGCUGGGUGGCCCUGAUUAUGGAAAAGUUGGCCCUAAAAUGCUGGAUCACGAAGGGAAAGAAGUCCCAGGAAAUCGAGGUUACAAAUACUUUGGAGCAGCAAAAGAUUUGCCUGGUGUUAGAGAGCUAUUUGAAAAAGAACCUCUUCCUCCUCCAAGAAAGACACGGGCUGAGCUCAUGAAGGCAAUCGACUUUGAGUACUACGGUUACUUAGAUGAAGAUGACGGUGUUAUCGUGCCUUUGGAACAGGAAUAUGAAAAGAAACUCAGAGCUGAAUUAGUGGAAAAGUGGAAAACAGAGAGAGAGGCCCGGCUGGCAAGAGGAGAAAAAGAAGAGGAGGAAGAGGAGGAGGAAGAGAUCAACAUUUAUGCUGUCAACGAGGAGGAGUCUGAUGAAGAAGGUGGCCAGGAGAAAGGAGGUGAAGACGGGCAGCAGAAGUUCAUCGCUCACGUCCCAGUGCCGUCACAGCAAGAGAUUGAGGAGGCACUCGUACGAAGGAAGAAGAUGGAGCUUCUUCAGAAAUAUGCAAGUGAGACCCUGCAGGCCCAGAGCGAAGAAGCCAAGCGGCUCCUGGGAUAUUAGGGCCCAGCAGGGUGCUUGUUGGGGUCCAGGAGGUCUUACAGCAGUUCUUCCAUCCCCCGCUGGCUCAUGUCCAACCUGUAGGACGACUGUCCACUCUGCCGUGGUGGGACUGCAGGCAGGCAGGCUGGCAGCACGCUUCUUUACCCUUCCCUCUUCUCUCACCUUUUCCUCGCCUCAUUUGCUGCCUGAGGAUGGGGGUCUAUCCCUUGCCUCCUUCCUGGCAGAUGUCUUGAUGCUGAACAUUUCAGCCAGCGCCUUUGUACAGAUAUUUUGCAACUGGAUGAGUCCGUUCGUUUUUGUUCUGGAGUGUGUAAAACAGGUUGCUUCCUGGCUGCCUGUAAGUGUUUUACUUAGCAUUGUACUGUGAUUUGGGGAGGGGGAAUCAAUUCCUGGCCAGCAUUAAGAAAUGCAGUUUUCCUUAAAAACACAUUUAUAACUUCUGUUGAAAUAGAGAGGACGUUCCACCCCUGUACCCACAGCCCCACUUGUUAGCAGUCAGCAAGAGCUGCCCCCUUGGACCAAGAGUGCUCUUGGCUCGUCAGGGCUCUACUGCCCUAGCCUCGCGUAUUCCUACCUGGAGGGAAGACUUUGAGUUUGCUACUUCUGUUUUAUAACUUGUUGUACGAGACCUAUUUUCAUUAAAGAUUUUUAUAUGACAGGAAACAUCCAUCUGCAGCUCAGUCCCCGGGCUAACUACUGAAGCGAUGGUUGCGUUCCACUGUGAGGUUCAGAGUCCCUGAAAUGGCCAGCUGUCCUGCUGUCCAGAGAGCUUCCAUAACACAGUCCCAGGGUGUGAGGAGGGUGUAGGGGGCUGGGAUCAAACCCCAGGCUCCACCUCAGAGCUGAGGUGGGGGCAGACCCCAUCCUCCCCACGGCCUCCGUGGCCACAGCUGAGAACAGGCCAGUGACCGCACCUCACGGAUCAGGGCAUCACACGUGGAUGUGUGAGAGCCUUCCAUCACAGAGCCAUAGGAACACAAGGGAGCCCAAACCUCGCAGCUGAGCUGGGUCUUUCCUCCCAGGGGAGACCCUAAAGCAGAGGCUGCAGCAUGGGGCGCCGCUAGCUGGGGCACCCACACUCUGGGUCAGAGCUUAGGGUCAGACCAGUGUGUGUCCUUUGGGCUGGGGCUCCACCUGGGCUGUGUGAAUGGGGCUCCUGGCCUGCAGACGCUGUCACGCACAAGGGGCCAGAUGUGGUCAGAGAAUUGCCACGUGCAGGGGCUAAAGUGGCCAUGUCUCUUUAAGAAGGCCGAGGGCAGCAGGGAGCCCUGGAGAGGUUCUGAGCAAAAGAGCAGUGACCUAGUGGGUGUGUGAUUUGCUGUGGAGGCCAGUGGCUGGACCAG